UUUCGGAUCUUUGUUAGUGCCCGGCUUGCUUUAAGAACCAGUUUUCUAUAAGUUGUUCAUGAAUUUUCUGUCAACAGAACUAAGGAGUUUUGGCGCAGUCUUGAGAGAGAAAGAUCUUUCUAUUGUAGUUAGUUUGGAUCAAUUUAAUCAGUUACCCAUUGCUAUUAAAAAAACUGAGAGGCCAAAAUUAUUUCACCAUAGGGUAGCACGCUCUCCUCGAGUGUUCGUUUUGUUGUUAAUUUUCUCGCGGUCUUUUUUCCCGCCAAUUGUCUGUCACAAAACUAUCAACUAUGUGCAAAUGACUACAGGUGGCCGUAGUUUAUUGUGUCUUUUGUAGAACAAUUCUCUGGGGUAAUUUUUAGGAAACAAAGUUAAGUUAUAAUCCACAGAUUUAAGAUAAAGUGUGAGUUUAAGUCGGGUUUCUAUCAUGAAUUUCAUAUUUUUGAAUUUUAUACUUGUUUUCGAAACCGAAAACACGUUGUGUACGUAAGUUUAACGAAAGCGAAAAUAUUGUAACUUCGAGAUGUCGCCUUUCGGUACAUAGAUUUGCGAGACUACUGCAUCUACCAUUUUCCCACAGUUGGCGUGUUAGUUCGACUCAGUCAACCGUUAUAAAAAGGAGUCUACUUUCAAACAAACCCUCGGCAAACUUGUUUGAUUCUUUUGAAAUGUCAACGUCACUAAGAGAUUUACGUCAGUUUGAACAAGGAGAGUCAUUGAACCCUGACGUUUUUUUUUUUUCAUAUUUGGUUCGACCGAUAUUUGCUGAGCACGUUGAUACUUUUAGACGCUUUUCGUUGUCGCUUUUAACGAGCUUUUCGCUAGCUUUAUUCAAUGUAUUUGAAAUGAGUCCUGUUUGUUUGUCUUCCUUUGUGGCCAUACGAAGCCAUUUGAAGUCGAAGGUCCGUAUGUAAUUCAACUGUCAGUGUCGUCAUCUCAGCCCAUUUCGUUUGAAAUAUUAACUUAUUUUCCAAUGGAGUCGUCAAUAAGAGGAUGCUCUUUUAAAUUAGGACGGCUGCGAAAGAAUUUAACGGGAUUUUAAGUUGACUGAAGGAGCACGAAUGGCUGAGAGGAACUUUUCUGAUAGCGGCAAAGGGGACUGUGUAACAGUGUUAACGAUUGAGGAAGAAGGUUCAAAUUUUAAGCGGAGUGACUGCAUUAAAACCGAUCGUCCUCUACAGCUUGAGGAAAUACAAAGUGAAACAGUACAAGUAAAAAUACUCCUUCAAGACAAUAAGGAAAAUGACGAUGCAAAAACUAAUGAAAUUCAAAGAACGGAACACGAAAGCUCUACUUCCGCGGAACAAGAAGAGUUAGGCAAUUCAGCGGGAGGUCGUUAUAACGAACAACCAUGUGGAGAGAGUGCAGCGGAAAUAGCUCCAAUGAUAGAAAAGGAUAAACUGAAUGAAAAUACAGAUCUAGAACUUACCGUAACAGCCGCCAUAGAAGAAAAAGAAAUUUUACUCGAAGGCGAAACCACCAUUGUUAAUAUGGCGGACCAAGCUGAAAGCGUUUGUAUCGAGAUGGAAAGUACAGCGGAUACAGAGGGAAAAGAUACUGAAAAAAGUUGUGAUAAGUCACCUUCGGACACAACAACUCUAUACUUCUCUGAAAGCGACAGCGCAGAGGUUGAAAGUGAUGUUUGUAGGAUUUGCCACAGUAACGACGAGAUUGAAAUCUUAAUUAGCCCCUGUCUGUGUACUGGAUCUGUUAAGUUCGUACAUCAUUCGUGUUUAAUGAGCUGGCUACAGAGAGCCGUUAUGAGCAAAUGUGAACUGUGUUUGUACCCGUUAGCGGUCAAACGAAAGAGGAAGCCGUUUAGCAAGUGGCGUCUCCCAGAAGACAAGCCUUUUCCCAUACUGUGGCUGCUAACGUUUGUCAUAGCUAUGACGCUGAACGUGGCCUCCAUAGCUAAAGACGGCAGCCAGAGGUGCGUGUCUAAUCCGUGUAUCAUUUUCUACGUGGUGGGUUCCGCUGGAGCGCUUCUGGGACUCGCUUUCUUCUACCGCUGGCUGCGCAAGACCGUGUGCUACGUCUCCAAAUGGAUUGCACUCAACCAAGAAUGGACGUUAGUGGGUCCACCAGACUUGAGGACUCAGAUGGGGCAAACAAAUCUUGCCUACUCCACAAAAUCGCUUUCAGAGACUGAGACAACUCAAGAACAGAUUGCGUAGUCAGUAGUGUUUCAAUGUUGGAAAGACAGCACUGUGUACCGCCCUUCUUUUGCCUUGGGUACCUCGUGGUCUUCGACUUAAAACCUCUUCCACUAUACGUCGUAUCCCUGAAAUUACCUAUAAAACUUUGUUUAAAUGUGAUUGUUCAUUAUGCCCUCAAUGACUUUGAAGAUUGGUUUUUUUUUCAGUCUGUUACUCGUAAGUAUGCCCGAAGGCAUAUUUUAAAAACAAAAAUGAAAGAGUAGAGGAGCAGGUUCUGGAAACCUAACCAGUCUGUUUUGUACCUUUAACUGACAGUGUUAGUGUAUAAUUUUCAAAAGUUUUGAAACUCUCAUCUUUAGUGAAAGCAGAACUACUUCUCGGGGCGUUAAGUUACCGGGACCUUUGAGAAACGGGCCCCAGGCCACUGAGAAAGACCUGGAGAUUUCAAAGAUCUCCUGAACCAAAAUAAAGUAAAUGUAGUUUAAAAUUUAUCGACACUCCAACUCUUUAAUUUAUUUUCAAACGUGAAGUUCUUCUGCUGAAUUUAUACAGUUCAUCCACUGACGUUAUAAAGCAAUUUUAAGAUAUUAAAUUAUACUUAAAUUAUUGAAAGAUCUAUGAAAAAUUCAAGCAUGAUACAAAAUGAAAAAUACGUUCACUAUAUAUUUUGAAAGAGUGAUAAUUUCAAGAGAAGUAUUACUGAAGUUUAUAAUUAUUGUUAAAGAAGCUAUAUUUCAAAUGUUUACGAUUACUGUACAUGUGUUUGGUUGAGUUUUGAAUAAAAUGGGAAAAGCGCAA